CCCCCAAUCCACAUCCAAAUAAACCAUAUUAUUCUCAUUUAAACUUCAAAACAAUAACUCAAAACUGAUUUAACUAUUUAAUCUCUCACACUCUCUUCCUCUUUCCCCAUAAACCAACCAUCCCCACAAAAACUCUUCCAUCCUCUUCCACAAAAUGGUUUCUCAAUCGCCCACCAGUUCCGACGCCUCCCACCCCCGCCGACCUCUCCAAUUCCCCUUGCAGGUCAUCACCGGUCGCUGGUUCACCGUCUUCGCUACAUUUCUAAUCAUGGCUGGCGCCGGUGCUACCUAUCUCUUCGGUGUCUACUCCAAACAGAUCAAAUCCGCACUUGGGUAUGAUCAAACCACUUUGAAUCUCAUGGGGUUUUUCAAAGAUCUGGGUGCUAACGUCGGUGUGUUGUCUGGUUUAGUGGCGGAGGUUACGCCCACUUGGUUCGUUCUUCUCCUUGGCUCCGCCUUGAACUUCACCGGUUACUUCAUGAUUUGGCUUGCCGUCACCGGCAGAAUCGCCAAGCCCAAAGUCUGGCAAAUGUGUCUCUACAUUUGUGUUGGAGCUAAUUCCCAGAAUUUUGCUAAUACCGGCGCUUUGGUUACUUGUAUCCAGAAUUUCCCCGAGAGUCGCGGCGCUAUGAUGGGUCUUUUGAAGGGUUUCACAGGGCUUAGCGGCGCCAUUCUCACGGAGAUUUAUAGGGCCGUUUAUGCCGACGAUGCCACGGCGUUGAUUCUACUUAUUGGGUGGCUUCCGGCGGCGAUUUCCGUCGUUUUUGUUUUCACCAUUCGGAGGCUUAAAGCAGAGAGACAACCGAAUGAGAAGAGGGUUUUUUACCAUUUCCUUUAUAUCUCAAUUGGGUUAGCGGUUUUCAUCAUGAUUAUGAAUAUUGUUCAGAAGAAAGUUGAAUUCAAUCAUACAGCUUAUACAUUAAGUGCUACCGUGAUCUGCAUUUUUCUGUUUCUUCCUCUGUUAAUUGUGAUCCGUGAAGAACUUCGUCUCUGGAAUGCAAAUAAAUCUCCCCCAAUUCCAAUCGAAAACCCACAACCAAAACCAAUCGAUGAACCCAAAAUCAUAGCCGAAGAAUCAAAUCAAAUCACUAAGAUCCAAAAUCAAAGCCCACCAGCACCAGCAGCACCACCGCCAGAAGUGGCCUGUUUCUCCAACAUUUGUCGUAAACCACCCAGAGGAGACGAUUACACAAUCCUUCAAGCACUUCUCAGCAUCGAUAUGUUCGUUCUAUUCAUCGCUACAUUCUGUGGAUUAGGCACAAGCUUAACUGCAGUUGACAAUUUAGGACAAAUCGGUGAAUCACUUGGCUACCCGUUAAAAACAGUAAGCUCAUUCGUUUCGUUAGUAAGCAUUUGGAAUUACUUCGGCAGAAUAUUCGCCGGAUUCGUUUCCGAAAGCCUUCUCGCAAGAUACAAAUUCCCAAGACCACUAAUGAUGACAUUAGUUCUUCUCCUCUCUUGCAUCGGCCAACUCUUAAUCGCAUUCCCUGUUCCAGGUUCCGUCUACAUAGCUUCGGUAAUUAUCGGAUUCUCCUUCGGUGCACAGCUUCCUCUGCUUUUCGCCAUAAUAUCUGAACUCUUUGGGCUGAAAUAUUUCUCCACUUUAUUCAAUUGUGGGCAAAUCGCAAGCCCAUUGGGAUCGUACAUUCUGAAUGUGAAGGUGGCGGGAAUGUUGUACGAUAUUGAAGCUUUGAAGCAGUUGAAGGAGAAGGGGUUGGAUAGAUCGGCGGUGAAGGAAUUGACAUGCAUUGGGAAGGAAUGUUACAGGAAAUCAUUUACGAUAACAACGAUUGUUACGUUUGCUGGAGCAAUGGUUUCGUUGAUAUUGGUGAUGAGAACGAGGGAGUUUUACAAAGGGGAUAUUUACAAGAAGUUUAGAGAAGAAGAAGUGAAGAAAGAGGAGAAGAUCAUCAAUGGCGGAGGAGAAAUUACAGCUAAGUGAGAGAGAGAUUCUUCUAAUUGGGCUUUCUCCACCAAUUGGGCCGGCCCAUGACUGACAACAUAGUUAGUAGGCCUUUUUAGUAAUCUUUUUAUAAUUAUAAUUAUAAUUUGUAGGUUGAAUUAAUUUUUAUGGUUGGAAAAUAUUUAUUUAUUUUCCAUUCUGGAGGUAUCUUUAUCUUCUCCUACUGCCUUAAUAAAUGUCCAAGAAAUUGAGAUAGAGGGAAAUAAAGAGACCAUACAAUACAUUAUACAUUAUAAUUUGUAUUUGGAAGUAAAAUUGAAGACUUUCUAUGUUAGUGGGAAUAAGCCAGCCCUGUGGGGUGGAAUACAACCUACUUCUUAUUUUCUUUCUAAA